AGAACUGAGCGUAAUAGCUCAGAACUCGACAUGGCUUUCAACAUCACUCCCGAAUUACUGGAAAAAUAUCCGUCGCUCAAGUCUGCGGACUUUACGGGCGAGAAACCCUUUUUCAACGACGGGCGCGAGGGUCGGCUUCUUGAAUGGAUCUAUGCCCGCUCAGACCUUGAAGCCCUCCGUGGAAGCCCGGCGCGUGUCUGCGCUGCCAUCGAAGAAUUCGCCAUCCAGAAGGAAUUCUUGAUCAGUAUCGGCUCCACCAAAGCGAAGAUUGUCGAAGAGCUCAUCGCCGCUGAGAAGCCCAAGGUUAUGGUCGAGCUGGGCGGCUAUAUGGCCUACUCUGCCAUCUUCUUCGCUGAUGCAAUGCGUCGUCAGCAUGCGAAGGACACCAAGGUUCAGUAUUGGAGCCUCGAGUACAAUCCGCUCUUCACAUCCAUCGCCAUGAAUCUCGUCGACCUCGCAGGCCUCUCCGACGUCGUUCAGAUCGUUACCGGUACUGCGGGAAGCUCUCUUAAACGUCUUGCCGCGGAGAACAAGCUCGACCACAUCGAUGUGCUGUUCAUCGACCAUUUGGGCGAUAAUUAUCACACUGACUUUCAGAUUUGCGAGUCGCUCAAUCUUCUCAAGUCGGGCGCGUUGAUCAUUGCGGACAACACGUUGAUUCCUGGCGCUCCAGAGUAUCUUGAUUACGUGCGCAAGCAUCCUAAACUCGACACCAAGGCCGUGAAAUCCAUCACCGUUCCUGGCGACUUUGAGGACGAAAUGGAGAUUACCAAAGUCAAAUGA